AUGCCCUCCAAAAACUCAAUUAAUAGACCAAAAGACACCGUCAAUAAAGCUAGGAAAGCCCGUUCAUUAGGCCAAAAGAGACAACAACGUGAAAAAAAUGGACUAUUAAAACCAAGUAGGUCUAGUGAGAAUUCUAAGAGUGGUCAAAUUAAAUCUAUUCCAAUUGAUUUAUACAAGGGCGAUAACAAUAUUUUAGAAAGUAAUGCCAGAGGUAUAACCACUAAAACUCUAAGCAAAAAAAGAGCUAAAAAAAUUGAAAGAAAUUUAAAAUAUAUACAACAAAAUAAGUUGUUAAUUGAUGCUCAAGAAAAAGCUGAGGCCAAUGGUAUGGAACUUGAAAUUAAACCAUCUACAUUAACUAAAAAUGUCAAGACUAUUAAAGAAGAUAGCCAGUUAACCAAGAUUAAAAAUGAUAUGUGGAGCGUUAUAGAAGACGCCAAGAGUACUGGUUUGAUCCUAGAAGGCGGCAAUGGUACUACUCUAGGUGGUGCAUAUUUCCCAUAA